AAGGAGUGCGUUGCUUUUCGUAAGCCAAAAUGGCUACCUCAGAAAAACGAAGGUUGAGCGUUGCAGAAAAACAUCAGAAAUUAGUCAAUGAAAAACUCCUUAAAAAAAUACACAUUGAGGAGCAAGUAAAACUUGGGGAACAAGUCAAAAUACACAAGACGAUGAUAGCAGAGGAUGAACGUAUUGCACGGAAAAGAAUCCUCCGAUUACUACAGAAUGAACAAUUUGAAUUAGAUAUGGAAGAGGCUAUUCAAAAGGCAGAAGAAAACAAAAGGAUGAAGGCAAUGCAGCUGGAACAAGAACAAAAAUUGGCUACAGAGCUGGCAAAACUAAAGAAUGAAAGUCUAAAGGAUGAAAAAAUGAGGCAACAAAUAAGAGAAAACAGUCUUGAACUUCGAGAAUUGGAGAAAAAAUUGAAAGCAGCUUAUAUGAAUAAAGAAAGGGCUGCACAAAUUGCUGAAAAAGAGGCCAUCAACUAUGAGAGAAUGAAACGUGACUCUGAAAUAGCCAGGCGUAUGAAGGAAGAACAGGAGAGAUACACAAAAGAACAGAAUGAAGCAGAAGCUAGACGUUAUAAGGAGAAAAUCCAGUACCAGCGUGACUUAGAGCGACAGCUUGAAGAUCAAGAGAGGAAGAAGCAAGAAGCUUAUGAAGAAUUAUUACGAGAGAAACUCAUGAUAGAUGAAAUUGUUAGAAAAGUCUAUGAAGAAGACCAAAUGGAAAGACAGCAGCGGUUAGAAAAAAUGGCUGCAAUUCAUAGAUACGCAGAAGAGUUUAAAAAAGAGCAAGCUCUGUGGAGAAUGAAGAAGCGUGAAGAAAUGGAGGAAGAAAACAGGAAAAUCUUAGACUUUGCCAAUGUGCAACAGCGGAGAGAAGAAGACCGGAUGGCCCAAGCCCAAAAGCUGGAGGAAAAAAGGCAGCAGUACAAGAAUUUGAUUGCCCAGCACUUGGAGAAAAUACAGCAGCAACAAGAUGAUAUGGAGCAAGUGAAACUAGAUUUAUUUGAGAUAGAACAAGCUGAGCUAGAUAGAAAGAAGGCCCAGGAAGAAAUCGAAAACAAAAUCAAAAAGCGUGAAGAGCUACAAAGAAAUUUUGCAGAACAAAUGGCUUUCAAAGAAUUGGUUCUUCAGGCUACUAGAGAAGAAGAAGAAACCUUCAGACAAAACAUGCUGGCUAAAUUUGCUGAGGAUGAUCGAAUCGAAUUAAUGAAUGCUCAGAAACAAAGAAUGAAGCAGUAUGAACACAGGAAAGCUAUAGAAAAACUUAUUCAAGAACGUCACGAACAGUUCCUUGCAGACAAAGAACGUGAAUUUGAAGAAAUGAGGGUUCAGCAACAGAGAGAAGGAAAUAUUAACACAAUUGUUGAAGAAGAAAGACAAAAACUUCUCAAAGAGCAUGCUGCAAAUCUUCUGGGCUAUCUUCCCAAAGGAGUAAUUAAACAUGAACAAGAUGUUGAUAUGCUUGGUGAAGCCUUUAGGAAAGCCUAUCUGAAAAGCGACACACCAUUAGAAGACAGCUGCUGAUGUCAUCCAGAGUUGGAUUGCUUUCUAUCACCACUAGAUGUCAGCCUGCCUUCUGUAUCAGGUUUGACAGUCAUUGUCUCCGUAA